CCAGACACGUGUGCACGAUAGCAGCUGUGAAAGGUACUCAGGCGCGCUUACCACUGAUAGCAUAUAUCGCCGCCGGCCGCACGAGAAGUGGGGCAGUGAAGCGUGCCCCUCCCCCCUCCGUGACGUUAUUGUUUAGGGAGUACUCCCAGAGCGAACAUGAAGACAUUCAUUCUUGCUAUUCUUGCCUGGUUUCUGGGAUUGCGUUUUGAACAUACUCAGAAAGACCUUGGACUCCUGUGGAACCGUAUAUUGUGUUACUUGUACCUUCGUUACCUGUUGUGGAACCGGAAAUGGAAGAUUCCCCGGCGUGCCUUUUUCGCGGAAAAGAAGGACCCGUACACCGAUGGGAUUCUUUUACCAGAUGCGGAAUGGGAGAUGGAGCGGCCGACACUCGACAGACUUGGCAGGAAGAAGGACGAGAUGUUCCUUUGCGGAACGAGGACCACAGGAGAGUGCUUCGUCAUGAGAGUUAGCAGAAGACGUGGCCGCUGCCUCGACCUGUGGAUAUACUUGCGAAUGAAGAAUGGCGAUCAUUACGAACUUGUGGAACACUCCCUGCUGGAUCUCAGCGGGAAAGAAGGCUUUGCCGCGAAAGGGUUACGAAUCGAAUGUCUGGCCCCGAUGAGACAGUGGAGAAUAGCAUUCAACGGCCUCAUGAGAUCCCCGACGAGUGAUGACUCCAGCACUUCGAGCCUACACGUCCAGCUGAAUUUUCUGUGGAAGGCUUCUUCGCAUGUGGUCGACAUCCAGGCCAAUGCGUCCCAUGAGUCUAUACUUGAGAGCUGCCUUGUGGAAUCGCUAGGACAGACUAUCUCCAACUGCGAACGUGUAUACCAACUCAUCGACGGAUACGAACAACGGGGUCAACUCAUGGGCACCGUUGCGAUAGGCGACGAAAAAGAAACUGAGAUGUACCUUUGGGGUACCAGACAACGACUGAAAGGAAGUGUCACUGAAAGUGUCACAAAAGCUGGUCACGUGUUCGGUCACACAAGGGGUGCACAGAGCUUUCAUUUAGCCUGCUAUCACCAGAAUACUGGCUACGGGAAUUCUGAGGACACGCCAGAUACGUCAAGAUUCAUCUACGGAAGCCUACAGGCAGCGGAUGGCUUAGUGGACCCAGUGACCGAAAUCUUGCCUUCGGAACUCCACAUAUCUGCGUUGCUGGACGCACCUAGUUUUUGCAUAAGAGCAGGCGAGACGCAUGAGAUCCAGAUCAAAGAUGCCGUCACUUUAAAGCGUCAUGUUGCAGAGCCUGAUGGCACGCAAUUGCUUUAUAUCGAAUUCACGUACGACGGGGUACCGGGAUCCGGCUUAGGUAUUCUAGAUAUAAGUUCACCGAGGCCAUUUGAAACGUUGAAACUAAAUGCCGGUUUGCUUACACAAGACGAGAGUUGUCCAUCCACCGUUCCCUUUGUAGCCAAUAUUUGCGAUGACGUCUGCAGAUAUACCAGUGUUGCUGGUGGGAAAGGGUCAUCGUUAUGUCUUCUGAACACUAUCUCCGAGGAAAAUAAAGGGGUCUUCAAAGUUCCUGGUGGAGUCAUUGUCACAACAGCCGCGUACGACUUGUUCUUGAGGAACGGUCCAGCGAAACUGUUGCAGUCCAUCUUGCAAGAAGCUCAUGGGUGUGUAGAUUCAGUGUUUCUUCUUCAACAUUGA